AUAAAAUAUUAUAUUAAUUAAGCGAUCAAUCGAAUCAUGUUGGGUGUAUUCAGCAGCUCCGUCGUAUCUCCGCCGGAAGAACUGGUCGUCGCCGGCAGCCGAACACCGUCGCCAAAGAUCAGAGCAGAAGCACUCGUCAAACGUUUCCUCAACGGUAACCCAUCUGCAGUUUCAAUCAAUGUCGGCGAUGAUGUUCAAUUAGCCUAUACCCAUCACAAAGAAUCCCCUUUACGACCAAGGACAUUCAGUGUAAAAGAAGAGAUCUUUUGCUUAUUUGAAGGAGGAUUAGAUAAUCUAGGAAGUUUAAAACAAGAAUAUGGACUUGGAAAAUCAGCAAACGAAGCUAUUUUAGUAAUUGAAGCUUAUAAAGCUCUUCGAGAUAGAGCACCAUAUCCACCUAGUCACGUCGUCGGUCACUUUUCCGGCGACUUUGCGUUCAUCGUCUUUGAUAAAUCAACCUCCACUCUGUUUGUCGCCACCGAUCAAUUUGGAAAAGUUCCACUUUAUUGGGGAAUAACUGCCGACGGAUGUGUUGCUUUUGCCGAUGAUGCUGAAUUGCUUAAAGGGGGUUGUGGGAAAUCUCUUGCUUCUUUCCCUCAAGGGUGUUUUUACUCGACGGCUCAUGGAGAGUUGAAGUGUUAUGAGAAUCCUAAGAACAAGAUUACGGCUGUUUAUGGAUCGGAGGAGGAAGUAUGGGGGGCGAAAUUUAUGGUGGAGGGAGCAACUGUUAUUGCAGGAACAGAGUUCUAGGGUAGUUCUAGAGAGAGAGAAUAAAGUGUUGUGUAAAUAAGCUUGCUUGCUUUCUUUCUUUAUUUCUCAUGUAAUCAAAUCCAUAACCUUUUCAUCUUGUCUUUUAGUUUUGUGUUUGAGUUUUUCAAAUAAUCCACUUGAAGAUUAUCCAGAUUCGGGAUUGUAUAUUAAGAAAGUAUAGUUCUUGUGCUUGCUAUACCACUUAAAAGUAUCUGAUUUUUGCUGUCCUA